AUGGAUGCGUGGUUUACCUCGUGGACUGCGUGGAUCCGACGGCAUGAGUCCUCACUACUCCGCGAAAAGUCCCCGACUACACUCACAAUUGACCUGCAUCACCUGUACUAUCUACUUUUGCGCUGUGAAGGCUUGGGAUACAAUGUAGGACCAUUGGAUGUGUCGUGCCGUGCAAAGCAUGCAGCGGCAGAAAAGGGCAUCAAUGCUUCGCCCACCAAGACGGCGACACACACCAGCGACACGUACAGCGUCCUGUCGCUGCAGCAUACAAUUCAGUCUGUUUCUACGUGGUGGGGAAGAGCCAGUAGUGGGAAGGAAGAUGAAGCUGACCCUGACAAGAUGUACGCAUAUCUAUACUCAAUACUGAGUCGCGUCUCUUCGCUGUGUGUAACGCCGCCCCCCUCGUCGAUCGACGAGGCAGAAUUCGCAGACUUUCCUGGCUCCCAUGCAACGCCUCUCCUUGUCUGCAAAGAGAUCACACACCUGGCUUUAGAUGGUGUGGAUCCGACAUCGAUCGUGGGUUGGCAUCGCCUUUGCAUCCAACUCACCUCUUUAUCUUGCUCACACGUGAGCCUUACUGAUGUCACAGACAUAUUUGUUGGUCUUGUGCAACGAGACCAACCAACAGAGGCCACAGAUGUACCUGCGGCAGCAUGGCAUUCGCUGCGCUUUUUGCAUCUCCCCCACGACGAGCUGACAUUCGUGCCCGCGUCCGCGCUAGACGUUCUUCCCUCUCUCGUGCACAUCGACUUAUCUCACAACCUGCUAAAUGCGAUCCCCCCGGCCCUUGAGUGUGAAUCGCACUUGCUAUCGCUCAAUCUAUCGCACAACAUGAUCGACAGUGUACUGGGAAUCUACAAGUCCUUGCCACAUAUCCAAGCGCUGAAUCUUAGUGGAAACCGUCUCGAAAGCUUGUGUGGGCUAGAGCGUCUGCACACACUGCGGCAGGUCGAUCUGCGUCAGAACUGGGUCAGUGAUCCUGGUGAGGUCGGCCGUCUGGCUACACUCCCACAUAUCUCACACGCAUGGAUCGCAUCCAAUCCUUUGUGUCAUCAAGUACCAGACGCGCGCGUCGCUUGCUUCUAUACCUUUGCUCUCGAGCAUAAGGACAUUUGCCUCGACGACAUACCGUGCAGCUUUUUCGAGCGGCGGCGUGUCUCUGGAUUGCUCGCACGCCGCAUGGCGACGCAGCCACGCCGUGCUAGUUCGUCGAUCGAGGCACGUCUCUCGCCGCAAGUCCGUCGCAUCACAACAUCGUCGUCGUCACAGGCAGUAAGCAAAGGCACGAGUGAAGCGCGCAAGAAAAAGACGCGGGCGUCUCCCACCAAGACAUCAUCCCAUUCCGUCGACUCGUAUAAACAGCAAAUGGAAAAGCUCCGCGACAACAUGGGUGACGACUGGCUCCGUGUGGUUGCAGCCAAUGGUAGUGGUGACCCUUUCCGCGUCCACGCACCUAUGGAGAAGAGUGAGCGCAUCACCGCACGCACCGACGACAAUGAUGCGCCUAUUCUAGCAUUCCCUUGGGCUGUGCGCCUCUUUAUCGAGACAGUGUCGACACCGGUUGGCGCAGCGCUCACUAGUGCCACUGCUCUGGCAGGCGGCUUGUUCAUUUGGUGGCGUUUUUUCCGUCGGAUUCCGAAUGCAUCGUAUAUCACGCCAGCCACUCUCCGCGCACGACGGCGGAUCGUCGGUCGAGUCACUAGUGUUGGCGACGCUGAUGGAUUCCGGCUUUACCACACGCCAGGCCUGCCCAUCCUUCGGCACUGGCUUCACCGACCACCGACCAAAGCAUCGGAGCUCCGGCAGCAGACCAUUUCUGUGCGUCUAGCUGGUGUAGAUGCACCUGAAACAGCGCACUUUGGCCGCGAGGCUCAGCCAUACGCCGAUGUUGCUCAGAAAGAACUGCGCAAGCUUGUGGAAGGGCGUACCGUUUGGCUUGACAUGGCGCUGAUUGACCAGUAUCAGCGGCUGGUCGCCACGCCCUACGUGUACAGAUGGCCGUACCUAUGGCCAACAAAUGUAUCGCUGGCGCUCGUCCGCAAAGGGCUUGCGCCCGUGUAUCGUAGUGCCAAUGCCACGUACGGCCCGCCUUCGUGGCUCACACACAUUUUCCUACGCGCCAAGACAGGGCGCGCUGCGCUCGAACGAGCCGAGGAACAUGCGAAGCGGUGUCGGUUGGCAAGCAAAUGGGAUAUUAUCGUCAUCAUCCUCUUCCUCAGCGUCUAG